UUUCCAUGGUAACCCAUACCUUUAAUUUCUCUGUGCAACACCUGUGCACACAAGUCCUUACCUGCUUCUGCCUCCCCUGAUCUGUCUGUACCUCAGUCCCCGUGUCUGUGCCAUCUGCCUGGCAUCAUCCUUCCCGCAAACGCUCCCUGACCCUCACUCCAUCCCACUUGCCCCUUACCAGCUGCCAACUCCCUGCACCCUUGCACUAACUAUGGACCUCGGGUGGCUCUUGUGGACUUCCUUCCUGAUCCUGGUUCCUUUCAUCUUGAUGGAGAUCAGCAGCUCCUUCAAAUUCCAUUUCAAACUUGUCUCCUACUGUGUCCUCUGCCUCUUGAUCUCUGCCCUGGCAGCACCCAUGUGUCUCCUGAGAAACGGCGGCCGGACUGUGGACAACAUGAGGAUAAUUAGCAGAGUUGUUCGCAGCCUGAAGUACUUUUUCGGCAUACGCUUUGAGGUGAAAGGUUUGGAGAAUUUUCAGAUUGAUGGGCCGUGCGUCAUUAUAUCCAACCAUCAGAGUAUCCUGGACAUGAUGGGUCUGAUGGAGAUCCUGCCGGACCGCUGUGUUCAGAUAGCCAAGAAGGAACUGAUGUAUGCCGGCUCCGUCGGGCUGCUCACUUAUCUCGGGGGUGUCAUUUACAUCAACAGGAAACGCACGAGCGAUGCCAAGAGCAUAAUGGCAGCCGUUGCCCAGGCGAUGAUAAGUGAUAACUUAAAGGUCUGGGUUUAUCCUGAAGGUACCAGGAACAACACCGGCGACUUACUGCCUUUCAAGAAGGGCGCCUUCCACCUGGCGCUGCAGUCUCAGGUGCCGAUAAUUCCAGUGGUAUAUUCCUCCUUCACCAGCUUUUAUAACCAAAAAAAGAACCUGUUCACAGGAGGCACCAUCAAAGUCGAGAUCCUUCCCAAAAUUGACACAUCAGACUUCACAGAAAAAGACAUCACUGAUCUGACGGAGAAGUGCCACCAGACCAUGAGGCAGGUCUUCUUCAGGCUCUCCAAUAAACCCUACAAGGAUAACGGACAAAGUAACUGUGCCCAGUAGCGGGCUAGACGCAAUGGGACUUGAGGUACCAAAGAACGUUCCAGGGCUAAAGUUCUUAUUAUUUAAGCCACCAAAGUGCCACCCAGGAACAUGCAAGAUAAGUUCUAGAACUCUCAAAGCUAGUGAUUCGCACAAUGUACAUAAAGUGGGCUUGUCCAUG